GCAGAGGCAUUUGAGUCAGGGCACACAUGCCUCAGCUGUGAGAGGCCCUACUCCCCUUGGCUGGCUGGCAUCCCAGAGCAGAGGCAGAGAGAGAGACAUAGUGUGUGAGAGCGAGGGUGAAGAGAAAGUUUAAGUAAAGUAAACUAGGAAGAAGCAAACAAGUGGUCAAGAAAGUUGUCUGACAGAAAAGAGAAAGGAUUAGGGACUGAGUUCUGUGCAGCGUGGCUCCUGCAGGUUGGUUUUCAGUAGUGUAUUUUUAUCUGUUGUGAGUGUGCAGACGGUUUGUAUUUGGAGUUGACAGCCAUGGCGGAUACAGGUGUCAAGCAGGAGCAGGCAGCCCUGAAAGAAGUGCCUUAUGAUGAUGACGAGGUAGCUCUGGUGGGUGCUGCCACAGAGCCAGCAGUAGAUGACGAUGACCCUGCUGAGGAAGCGGACCUGUUGCUGGCCACUGGCCCCGGAGGCAAGAGUGAAGCGCAGAUGAACGGGGUCAUGGUUCUGUCUCUGCUAGACAAGAUUAUUGGGGUGGUAGACCAGAUCCAACAGACCCAGAACGGACUCGAGGCCCGGCAGGAAUCCAUGGAGAAGUCAGUGUCAACCAUCCAAGGGGAGCUGUCUAAGUUGUCUAAGAACCAUGUUGGCACAACCAACACUGUCAACAAAAUGCUGGAAAAGGUGCGCAAGGUCAGUGUCAACGUGAAGACGGUGCGCAGCAAUCUGGAGAAGCAGGCGGGCCAGAUCAAGAAGCUGGAGAGCAACGAGAACGAGCUGCUCAAGAGGCGCAACUUCAAAGUCCUCAUCUACCAGGACCAAGUGAAGCCACCGAAGACAUCCAAAACCAAGACAGCACAGACAGUUGCUGAAGGGACAGCCGUGGAGGGCCUCGAGCAGAUACCCGAGGAAGGACGAGAGGGACUCCCAGACAAUCUCAACUCAGAUGAGGAGGUGGAGAUUGAGGAGAUUAUCGAAGAAUCUCGUACCAAGCGCCUCCAACGCACCACUAAACAGCAAGUGGACAACAUAAAGAAAGCCUUCUCCAAAGAGAAAAUGGAGAAGACCAAGGUAAAGACCAAGGAGAACUUGGAGAAGACCAAGCAGAGAACCCGCGAGAACCUGGAGAAGACAAGACAGAAAACCCGUGACAACCUUGAGAAAACCAAGCACAGCCUGGAGAAGAAGAUUGGCAAGCUCGGGACCCGCAUGACCCCUAACCUGGAGCGCAGGGUGAAGAUGAAAACCUCCAAAGACAAGAUGAAGAAGUCCCUCACCCCUGACCACACGGUCUACGCUCGCUCCAAGACCACUGUGUAUCGCGUGCCGCCAUUCACCUUCCAUGUUAAGAAGAUCCGAGAAGGGGAGGAGGAGGUGGUGCAGCACACAGAGAUGGUGGAGGUGACCGAGGCCGAGGGCCAGCCAGCGGGAGAGGAAAAUGGGCUGGGUGUGCAUGUGGAAGUGGAGGAAGGGGAGCUGGUGAGAGUAGACAGCCCAGACAUGGAAGCUCUGUUGGAAGUGACUGAGGACUCUCCGCUGGUCAGGGUGGAACCAGACCACCUAAAGAAGGCCCAAAGCGAAUAGAGCAUCCCAAUUCUGCAGGGCUGAAGUGAGAGAUACAAGAAGGAAGAGGGGAACCGAGUCUUGACGAAUGAGUCUAAUCAUGAGGACACUAUAUUUGUUGUAGGGACUUUCUAGACGUGAUCACAAUCUAUGACAUCUCAUUUGUUGUCUGAUCUCUUUUUAUUGUACCCAACAGGGAUGACUUUCAUAUUUCCCCCCCUUUAGCAUACAAAUAAGAAAAACUAAACAAAAACAAAGCUAGCUUUUGAAACAUGUUGCAGGCUGACUGGUUAUCUUAGACCUGUAUGUUUAUUUUACUUACUGUUUGUUGUUGGUUUGAUCAAUUGAGUGGCUAUAAGAAAAAAAAAGGUAUAAAUAGUCUUUGCUAUUGAGAUGUAAUGUGUAAUAUAAUAUUUUUAAUGUAUGAUAUGCACAUUAGGAAGUAUGGUAACAGGAAGUGGUUGGCGGGAUUUAAGUUUGAAUGGAUGAUUUUUGGUGAUGUAAUGUGCACGUGCGAAACAAAUAAAAAGAACAGAUAGGCAAGGUUUAGGUCCUACAGGAGAAACAAAGGACUGAGGAGGCAGGAGGAGAGGUUUUCCUCGACUGAAGAGUUUACAAAAACAUUACCCCUGACAUGCAAAAAGCAUUAGGGCGUAAAGCUUAUUUACUGCCACUCAGGCAUUGUGCCAAAUGUAAAUUACAAAUGUAAAUGCCUGCAAAUACAGUGUAAUGUCUGAUCAAUUAUAUUGGGGACUUUAAAACGCUGACAAAUUCAACUAUUGGAAUAUUUAAACACACUACAAUAAAGUUACUGCUGUGCACUUGCAACCAUAAUUCAAUUCAAUUUAAUAUUUUACCGUUUGGAAAAGCAAGUCAGUAUCCUGUAUGGACAUAUUUUGUGUAUUGAUGGAAAAAAGAAUCAGUAUUCCCCCACUGAGUUGGACGUUAUGUGGGGAAAUAUCGCUGUCUAUUUUGAGUUCUUAAUUGGUCAUUCAUUUAAAAUCUCAGCUAUAAUAAAAUAUUCAGAGCCGCUGCGGAGUAUCUUUACAAUGCAUGCUUGAAAUCACGGUUUGCUCGAUCAUUUAUUGCAAUGUUUUGAUGUAUAUUCACCUGACUGUAUUUAUUGCACCUGCACUCACCAACUUCCACAUAGGACACUUUGCACAGAGAAGAAAAACGACUGUGUUACCAUGGCCACAUCUUACCACAGUACAUUUGCACAUCCCUAUUAAAUUUUCCCAAGGUAAUUGCAGAGAAAAAUGAUGGUCUGAAGAGCAAGAUGACAGUUUAAUGGCUGACUACGUAAUACAUGGAGAUGGAAAUAUCAUCCUAAAUGCAAUUGAAGUGAGACAGUGCACUGCCAAGUUUUAGGAAUGGUGUGGCACUCUAAUAAAUGUCAGAAAACCGGAACAGCAUGAUCCAGUCCACAAGCCUUUUUAGCAGAAACUAGGUGCAAUCUUGUGUACUUCCUCUGAAUUAUAAAAGGAACGUCCACAAUGAAGCUGUCGGACCAUAACUCAUUAAGUAUUAUCGUUAUAACUUAGAAAAGACAAUUAUGCCGGUUUAGAGGAAGCAAUGACAAUUGGAUUGUAUUUAUCUGAGCCUGAUGUAAAAAAGGGCCAGAGGCAAUGUUCAAUCAUUAACACCUUUGAUUGUGUAAGACAAGCACACAUGGCCCUGGACAAGAAGAUGGUACGGCUUCCAUUUUGUGUGUGAUCCUGAUGUGGUGUAGCCGUGCAGAAGCCCAGUGUGUAGCAUGACACACCAUUAAAAUAAUCAAUGGGCUGGAGAAUGCAAUUAAAGAGAGUGCUCCCUCUGAGCACUGAGUGGGGUAGAGAACGGUGGGAAGGACGGACAACAAGGAUGAGUGUCUAUCUCUGUCUGUGUGAGAGACUGUGAAGAGUAAGUAUGUGCAUACGAUAUAACAUUUUGGUGAAAGUCAAGGUUCAUAUCAGCAUUAAGUGGACAUUUCAUAAAAGAACAAAUACAUAUAUUUAUUGUUCAACACUUCAAACACUGAAACACUUGUAAUAUAUUGGUCCCUCUGUGUGUGUUCUUUUGCCACCAUGUAUAUUUUGCCUUGUUUUGAGCUACUGGUUAUUAAAAAAUGGAACCGGCCUCCUAUAAGCAUGGGGUAGGUCACGCACAGCUUAUAUAGCGACAUUGUUCAUUUUGAAAAAAAAAUCUGCUGCAGCACAAUGUGACAUAUAAUUGCUCUAUUAUGUUAUUGAUUCAUACUCAUACAAAAUAAUGAAGCUUGCCUUUUCUGUUGUGUUCAAGGCCUCUUUUGCCUAACCACUUCAAUAUUAAAUAAAAGCUUACGGAAUAAUA